AUGGGCUCCUCCGCAUCCAAACCCGCGCGGUCAGCCGCCAGCGCCGUCUCCCGACGCCAAUACCCCAAACAGCCCUCCGCUGCCUCCAGGACGGCACCACCACCAAACACAGCACCACAAGCUGCCCCCAGAGAACCAAACCUCUCACAGCCACGCCAAGCUCAAUCCCAAGCUCCAUCUCUCCCCAAGGAACAAGCUUCCACAACAAAAUCAUCGGUCAUCGACCUCGACGGCCGCGACCCUGACUUCGCCGCUCACCUCCGCUCUAUCGGCCCCGUAACCCCCAACCCUACUUUCUCGCGUACGAGCACGUUUAACCCCGGUCCUAUCCAACAACAAAAUCAAAACCAGCCCGUCUUUCCGACAGCGGCGAAUCCGGCCCUUUUGGUGCUCGCUGCGCGGCAGACAGCUGCUAAGGCUGCGCAGGAGGAGGCGGAGCAGAUUGGACGGCCGGGGUUUGCGGGGCAGGAGUUUGUGGAUGCGUGGACGAUAAGGCAGGCGUUGACGAUGCGGGAUCGGCAGGGUUUGAGUCUGGGGGAGAUUGAGGGGAUGUUGAAGUUGAAGAAGGGGGUUUUGGGGCGGUUGGGGGCGAAGGGGGUUGUAGGGGAGGUUGGUUGA